CUUCUAUUGCCAGGUCUCUCACAGAGUCACAGGGAAGCACUGAAUUUGCAUAGAAACAAAGCGAAGAUUUUAUGGUGAUGAGGAGACUCUCACAGAGAAGCCCACUCCUCUUGACGGAUCAAAAUGGAUUCACCAACACAAAAUUCUUCAAAUCCAUUGAGUUUUCCACCUCAACACCCACCUCAGAAACCCUCAAUUUUUCCCAGCAAAUCUCAGAUUUUCUCAAGCAAAACAACUGGAAAACCAUCAUGGUCUCAUCCCACAUCCCCUCCAAGCUAAACCCAGAUGUGAUUCGUGCCGUUCUUCAUCAAAACCAGGUUGGUGACCCCAAACGCCUCCUAGAUUUCUUCUACUGGUCCCAAUCCCAAAUGGGUGUCCCUCAGUUUCUGGAUUCUUUCUCUAUUCUUGCUGUUCAAUUGUGUAAUUCUGAGCUUUUUGGGCUUGCCAAUGGGGUUUUGACACAAAUGAUCAGGACCCCUUAUUCGAGCUCGUCGAUUUUGGAUUCUGUUCUUUUUUGGUUUAGGAAUUAUGGAGGGUCCAGUCCUGUAGUGUUUGAUAUAUUGAUUGAUAGUUACAAGAGGAUGGGCAUGUUGGAUGAGGCUGCUAACGUGUUUUUUGUAGCCAAAAAUGAUAGUAUUUUGAUCAGUUUGAUUCGGUGUAAUUCUUUGUUGAAGGAUUUGUUGAAAUGUGGUAUGAUGGAAUUGUUUUGGAAGGUCUAUAAUGGAAUGUUGGAUGCCAAGAUGGGUUUUGAUGUUUAUACUUAUACGUAUUUGGUGGGUGCAUUGUGUAAGACUGGGGAUCUAAGAGGAGCCAAAAGGGUCCUUAUUGAAAUGGAUGAGAAAGGUUUGAAUCCUAAUGAAUUUAUCUAUAGUAUGGUAAUUGAAGGGAUGUGCCAAGUUGGAGAUAUCGAUGAAGCAGUUGAGCUGAAGAGAAGUAUGGGGGAGAAGGGAUUGGUUCCAAAUACAUAUACUUACACCAUUAUUACUGCUGGGUUAUGCAGAGCAAAGAGAAUGAAUGAGGCAAAAUUGACAUUUGAAGAGAUGCAAAAGACUGGUUUGAAGCCUGACUAUAAUGCUUGCUCAGCUUUGAUUGAUGGGUUCAUGAGGGAGGGUGAUAUAGAUGAAGUUCUAAGAAUUAAGGACGUGAUGGUUUCUUGUGGUAUUCCAAUAAAUCUUAUCACUUAUAAUGUACUUAUUCAUGGUCUGUGUAAGUUUGGAAAGAUGGAGAAGGCGGCUGAAAUUUUGAAAGGGAUGAUUACAUUGGGGUGCAAACCCAAUUCCCGAACUUUUUGUUUACUGAUUGAAGGGUAUUGCCGGGAGCAUAAUAUGGGUCGGGCAUUAGAGCUUCUUGAUGAGAUGGAGAAGAGGAACUUAGUUCCUAGUGCAGUGAGCUAUGGUGCAAUGAUUAAUGGGUUAUGCCAUUGCAAAGAUCUCUCACUGGCUAAUAAGCUUCUGGAGAAAAUGACUUUCAGUGGUUUGAAACCAAAUGUUGUUGUCUAUAGUACUCUCAUCAUGGGUUAUGCCAGUGAAGGUAGGAUUGAAGAGGCGAGAAGGCUUUUAGAUGGAAUGAGCUGUAGUGGAGUUGCACCUGACAUAUUUUGCUACAAUGCUAUCAUAUCUUGUCUCAGCAAGGCUGGAAAGAUGGAAGAAGCAAGCACGUAUUUAUUGGAAAUACAAGGGAGGGGACUGAAGCCAGAUGCUGUCACUUUUGGGGCUUUCAUCCUUGGGUACAGCAAGACAGGCAAAAUGACAGAAGCAGCUAAGUAUUUUGAUGAGAUGCUUGAUCAUGGUUUGAUGCCAAACAAUCCGCUUUACACUGUUCUAAUUAAUGGGCACUUCAAAGCAGGAAACUUAAUGGAAGCAUUAUCAAUAUUUCGACACUUACAUGCCCUGGGGGUGCUUCCUGAUGUCCAAACUUGCAGUGCCUUUAUCCAUGGCCUCUUGAAGAAUGGGAGGGUUCAAGAGGCACUUAAGGUAUUCUCAGAACUUAAAGAGAAGGGUUUGGUCCCAGAUGUGUUCACUUACAGCUCUCUCAUCUCAGGGUUCUGUAAGCAAGGUGAGGUAGAGAAAGCUUUCGAACUUCAUGAUGAGAUGUGUCUGAAAGGUAUUGCUCCAAAUAUUUUUAUUUACAAUGCAUUGGUUGAUGGACUGUGCAAAUCUGGUGAUAUCCAAAGAGCUAGAAAACUGUUUGAUGGAAUGCCAGAGAAGGGUUUAGAACCUGACAGUGUAACCUACUCCACAAUGAUUGAUGGAUACUGCAAAUCUGAAAAUGUAGCUGAGGCAUUUAGUUUAUUUCAUGAAAUGCCAUCCAAGGGGGUUCAACCACAUAGUUUUGUCUAUAAUGCUCUUGUCCAUGGGUGUUGCAAAGAAGGAGACAUGGAGAAGGCUAUGAAUCUGUUUCGUGAAAUGUUGCAGAAGGGCUUUGCUACUACCCUCUCUUUCAACACUUUAAUUGAUGGAUACUGCAAGUCAUGCAAAAUACAAGAAGCGAGCCAAUUGUUUCAAGAAAUGAUAGCUAAGCAGAUCAUGCCUGACCAUGUGACCUACACAACUGUCAUUGACUGGCAUUGCAAGGCAGGAAAGAUGGAGGAAGCAAACCUUCUCUUUAAGGAGAUGCAGGAAAGAAAUCUGAUUGUUGACACUGUAACUUACACAUCACUUAUGUAUGGAUACAACAAAUUAGGGCAAUCAUCUGAGGUCUUUGCAUUGUUUGAGAAGAUGGUGGCAAAGGGUGUCAAGCCAGAUGAAGUCACUUAUGGCCUAGUGAUCUAUGCUCAUUGCAAAGAAGAUAACUUGGUUGAGGCUUUUAAGUUGAGGGACGAGGUUGUGGGGAAAGGUAUGCUGACUAAGGGAACUAUUCACGAUUUACUAAUAACUGCUCUUUGCAAGAGAGAAGAUCUUACUGAAGCCUCAAAGUUGCUUGAUGAAAUGGGAGAGCUAGGACUUAAGCCCAGUCUUGCUGCAUGCAGUACUCUAGUCCGCAGUUUUCAUGAAGCAGGCAAAAUGGAUGAAGCAACGCGGGUUUUUGAGGGUGUGAAGAGUUUAGGGUUGGUUCCUGACACCACUACUUUAAUUGACUUAGUGAAUGGAAAUUUAAAUGAUACAGAUUCUGAGGAUGCCAGAAAUCUUAUAAAGCAAUUAGUAUGAGUUGCUUCCUUGGACCUCCAAAACAGGCUUGUUCGCGGAACAAGAGCAAAGAUAAACAACAGGAUGCUCUCAAUGCUGUUUCUUAUCUGCUGUCCCACAAAAAAUAACCGCUUGAGUGAGCAGAACAUCAAGAGUUUUGAAGUGAACCCUGCUUGUUCUCUGAUUUUGAAUUUUGAGCAUGAAAAGCCUUACAUUAUUUAUGGAGUCAGCAAGUGAUCGCAAUAGCCAUGGUUUUGGAUCAUAAUGGAGUGCUACUUCCAUGAUCUUUGACAGGUCAUGUGAACCCUUCAAAUUCCAAUUGAGCUAAGAAAGCUCCAAGCUUACUUCAACUGGCAGUGCUUCAAUGCAACUUCUCUUUGCCAAGAAGGCACCUCUUCAGUCAUAUAGUUGUGAAUUUAAGCAGAAGAAAACUUGCUUCAGAUGAUCCUUCAUAGUCUUCCUGAAGACAAGGGCCAAGGCUAAACUCAUUGGAUCUUGUUCAUUGAUAAGAACUUCACCUUGAUUGUUCAUUGCAAUUUAUGAGGGAAAACUUGAUAGAUGAGAAGUCACGCGGGACACAAGGGAGGAAUACAAAAAGCAAAGUUUGAGUUUCUGGAAUGGUGUUGAGUAUAACUUACUGAUGACAAAACUUAAAGCGAGGUGAUGAAAUUGAGAGGAGUUGGGCUUCUCAGGAGUUAAACAAAAGCCAGGUAAUUUUCCAUCACCCGACCUUCUUGUCAAAGGCCUACGACAACCAGGAUGUAAUCAAAAGAAUAAUCCAUAUGGUUAGCGUUGUCCCACUUGUUAGUAAUCAGCAAAGAGGCAUAUUUCAGUUGCAAAUUGAAAUCGUUAUUGUGGGUGCUUUUGGAAAAUGAUACUGUCCCUCAAAUCCUCCAUUUUCUUUUA